CAGCCGCUGGCCUGGAUCUUACCUCUCCUGCUGAUCUCUGGGGGUGGGAAAACUCUGACACACGCCCCGUGACAUCUGUGCGAACGGUGACUCUCUAGGGGACCUUCAGUUUUGGCCGGUGAUCUGGAUCAGCCUUUAAUUUGGGCUUUUAUUUGAGAGCCGCCGGAGCCCCUCGCGCGGUGGUGGUGGUGAAAUCCCGAAGUUGGCAGCACAAUAAAGCAAGCCCUGCAGACUCCGUGUGGUCCCCGGGAGCUGAAGAGCGCUGAACACAGGUUUCAAACAACUGGAGCUGCCUUUGGGAUCGGGUGCGUUGAUAUCACCAUUCUUCAGACUGAGGCCUGUUUUUUGGUUUUUUUUAAUAUUUAAAUAGAGACUUAGCUGAGAAGACAGUAUAUUUAAAAAAAAAUGAUCAAGGAUGGACACUCUUGCAUCAAAGCGUUGCUUUUUACUCAAUCACUGUAGAAGACUACUGUGUAAAAUAGUGGGUAAGGCUUGAAGAAAAGCCUUUUUUAUACAUAUUGCAGUUGUUUUUUUUAUAUGAGAAAAUUGAACAAAUAACUAUAAAACUGCAAGAAAAAGAAAUUAACCUCUUCCUUAUUAAUUUUAUGGUAUUUCAUGCCAAACGGGCUACAGUUUUUACUGCCAGAGGCUGAAGAAGUGACACUUUACUGAAAAGUGCGAGGCUUGGUGUACCUGAGAUAAUCAGGAGCACCUGAAAUCGUGUUUUUGCGUGAACAAGAGGGAAGAUGCACAUUCAAGUCUUCAGUUAAUUACAGGUUCUGGUGUUUAGCAAUGGAAAGCCCACAGAUGAACUUCCCUCUAGGUCUGGUUUCAGACCAAAAAAGGAAUGGGAUCCAGGAAGACGGGAGUCCUCCGUUAAAAAAGGCAAUGACGGAAAUGCAUGUCAAUAGCAAAGUACGAGUUGUAAUUAAUAAAUUGCCAACAAUAAAGAAGGAAAACUUGGACGAGUAUGAAGAAACUCCUGUGGAAGCUGACGGGGAAACCGCCAAGCCAAGCAGUGCUUCGCUAUCUGAGCCUUUGAAUUUAAAUCCAGGUUUGAAGCACACCUUGGCACAGUUCCACCUGAGCAGCCAGAGCUCGCUGGGAGGACCGGCAGCUUUCUCGGCUCGUUAUUCCCAGGAAAGCAUGUCACCCACUGUCUUCUUGCCUCUCCCAUCGCCACAGGUACUUUCUGGUCCGCUGCUCAUUCCUCCCGACAGCUCCACGGAACUCACCCAGACUGUGCUGGAGGGGGAAUCUAUCUCUUGUUUUAAAGUCGGAGGUGAAAAAAGGCUUUGCCUGCCUCAAGUGUUGAACUCAGUUCUCCGAGACUUUUCCUUGCAACAGAUCAACACGGUGUGUGACGAGCUGUAUAUCUACUGCUCACGGUGCACUUCUGACCAGCUUCACAUUCUGAAGGUUUUGGGAAUUCUUCCGUUUAACGCUCCGUCCUGUGGGCUAAUUACCUUGACUGAUGCUCAGAGACUCUGCAAUGCUCUACUACGUCCUCGCACUUUUCCGCAAAACGGCGGCUUUCUCCCUGGUAAGAACACCUUGGCCCAACUGAAAGAGACUGGCAGUGCCUUUGAAGUAGAGCAUGAAUGCCUGGGCAAGUGCCAGGGGUUGUUUGCACCUCAGUUCUACUUGGCCCCAGAUGACCCAUGUAUCCAGUGCUUGGAGUGCUACGGGAUGUUCUCACCCCAGACGUUUGUGAUGCACUCACACAGAUCCCCGGACAAGAGGACCUGCCACUGGGGGUUUGAGUCGGCCAAGUGGCACUGCUACCUGCAUAUUAACCAAAAAUACCUGGGAACGUCGGAGGAGCGGGAACUCAAACACCUCUUGGAGGAAAUGAAGGAGAAAUUUAGCGAGAAAAAUCAGAAAAGAACUCGAUCCAAAGCAGAUUCACAGCAGAGUCUGGAAUUAUCACAGUGGUAUCCAGUUAUAAAGCAAGAAGCAGAAACUGAUCCUCAGCCACCCUCCUUUUUCCAUCCCAGUUACUACCUUUAUAUGUGUGAUAAAGUGGUUGCCCCAAAUGUAUCUCUUGCAUCACAAUAUAAGGAUGUUGCAAAACCAACAGUCAAAACUUCAGAAGUAAUUAAAUCCCCACCUGGACAGUCAGAGAAGAAGGUCAGUAGUGGAAAGCACAAAAAAGCAGCCUCCUAUCCAGAGCUUUCUCUUGAAGAACAGGAAAAAAUUGACUUGAAAAGUGGAGUGGAGCAGCAUAAACACUUAGAUCCACCUGUGCCAACUCGUUCUGCAAGAGGUGGAAAAUCUGAACGUGCUUCUUCCAAAAUCACUAGAGACUCUAGCCGUGUUGAAGUAGGCAAUGAUGUGAGAACCUUAUCCCCCACUCUGAUGAAAGACAUCAGUUGUGAAGAUGACAAGGGAAGGAUCAUGGAAGAAGUCAUGAAAACCUACAUCAGACAGCAAGAAAAACUGAAUACUAUUUUGCGGAGGAAGCAGCAACUUCAAAUGGAAGUGGAAAUGUUAAGCAACUCUAAAGCUAUGAAGGAAUUAACUGAAGAGCAGCAGAAUUUACAAAAGGAACUUGAAUUUUUGCAAACAGAACAUGCUCUCAGAAUGGAGGAAUUUUAUUUUGAGCAGAGAGACUUGGAGAAGAAACUGGACCAAGUGAUGAAGCAGAAGUGUAGCUGUGACUCCAAUCUAGAGAAAGACAAAGAAGCUGAAUAUGCAGCACAGCUAGCAGAAUUGAGGCAGAGGCUGGAUCAUGCAGAGGCAGAUAGACAAGAGCUUCAAGAUGAACUGAGACAAGAACGAGAGGCAAGGGAAAAGCUGGAGAUGAUGAUAAAGGAAUUGAAGCUACAGAUCUUGAAAUCUUCAAAAAAUGGGAAAGGAAAAUAGAAAUUGGAAGUGGAAGCAUGACUGUGUCCUUCAAACAGGGUGUUUUGGAUUUGAAUGAAUUGCGAGCAGUUUCUGUGUGAUAAAAAAGUAUUCUCUACAGAUUUCUAUUUCCCAGGCAAGGCCAGAUGAAGAUACAUAUAAAUAAGUAGAGAUAGGUAGGUAUACGUUUUUAGAUUUCCCUAACCAGUGAAAAUCUGGAUUUAUUUUUACCAGUGUUUUUCUCAAACAACGGAAAAUACGAAACUCUUGAUUUAGAGUGACCAGUUUCUGUCUAUUUCUAAUCCAGUCUUGAGGACUCCAAAACUUUUAACAUUGUCUGAUAAAAAUAUAUGUGAUCUUAAUUUUGCUAUCAAUUGCACAUGCAGUUAUAGAAGUAUAUUAAAAACAUUCUGAUUUCUUCAAGGUGAAAAACAGUUUGAGUUUCAGUGAGAAUUAUGUCUUGUUGAACUGGGGAAAGGCAGCUUUUCAUCCAUAAGGUAAUACCCAAAAUUGCCACUAUGAUUGAUGUUUGGUCAUCAAAAGUGAUUUACCAGUGUGAAAUUUUCCCAUAAUUUCAUUGUGUGAAGUCAAGCCGAUCUUUUCAAUAUUGUCUAUUUAACAGCUCAUCAUCAAUCUGAAGAGUUUUAGAGCCAGCAUUUGCUUGCCAUGCUGGAGAAAAAAAACAUGAGGGUUUUUCUGUAAAUUAAAAAAUUUACAAUUGCAAUGAAAUCCUUGGAUAUAAAAAAUCACAUCUUUUGUUCUAUAUAGUAGGUGUGAAAGAAACAUUAAUAAAAGGCUUAAAGGUGGAGCUUUUCCUAGAAACUAAGAAAGCUUGAUUUAACUGGUUUUCAGGUAGUAAUGCUUUGAAGAAAGUAUUUAUUAAAGAAUAUGUAUUAGUACCCUAAGCCUCCACACUUGGAGCUUCUGGCCAACUUGUGGAUUUUUCCUUCAUUACAUAGAAAAGGCCUUAACUGACAUGGUGACAAUAGCUUAAAAAGUGAAAUUCUGAGAUAUGGCACUUUGAAAACCACUUUGAUAGUCUCUGUGUUUGAAUGGCGUGGUAAUGUUACCAUGAAUUAAGAAAUACAGCAUGUUUGUUAAGCUACAACAUUUGAAAAUGUGUUAUUGUACAGAAUUACUGUUUUAUGUAUAUAUAAUGUUUGAGUACUUCAGCAGUCUGGUUCCUAGUGGAUUAAACGCAUGACUAAAAAGUUGGAUGAAGAAAUACUUUUUUUGCACUUCUCUCCAGAAAGUCUGAUUCAGCUGACAGAUGUUAGCUGGUUUUGUCAGUGACUAGGAAUAUUUUGGUAGUUCUAGUAUUUCACUACGUAACUUUAACCUGUGCUUUAGCUUCUGUUUUUUGAGGUGCUUAAGUUUGCUAUUCUCUUAGUAAUUCAGUUAAUUCUGGAUUAAACCACCAGUAGAAGCCUACAUUGAUUUUUAAUUUUUUUUUUCCUGAACUAGUAAAAAUGAAAACUUAUGAGUUCUUUUUUUUUAAUCUUUUAGUGAUAUAACAGGACUGAAUAUCACAGAGAAAGAUAAAAUUGCACAUAUCUUUAAAUUGAAUGGUAAAUGAGGUGGUAAAUUAAAUGUCAUGGAGUCACAGGAUGAUUCUUUUAUGGCUGUAUCUGGUUUUGGUUUUGGAUUUUUUGGUCAUAUUUACACUGACAAUUAAAGCAGUUUAGAUGAUAAAACGUAAAAAAAUACAAAAUUUCCAUCACCAAAUUAUUGCUUUAAAGAAAAAAGAGAAGAAAAAAGCCUCUCUUUGCAGCAUAGCACUGGUUUGGAAGGAAAGGUGUUGAAAAUUAAUGGUUCUGGUUGUGUAUGCACCACUUGCUUUAAAAAACCUGAGUGUUUUAUUGUAACAACCACCAAAAACAUGGCUGUAGGGAGAGUAGGCAGGAAUAUUGGAAGAAGUGAGCUCAAAGGAGUCCAAGCUGCUUGGCAGAACCUACAUAAGAUUAGCUAGGUGGGCAGGCUAGAAAACACCAGUAUGGGAUACUGAAAAGUUGCACUGGGGAAUUAUCAAAGGAACAAAAAAGACCAUUUCUAGUUGUUUUUCAGCAUCAGUGUUUGGAACCAGACUUGCUGGAUGGGCAGUGUAGGUAAGGCCAUACAGACUCACUUAAUACAGCUGCAGUAACUCAUUUACCACAGGAUUUAUAGCUUAGCCAUUGAAUGUAUGGGAUCCUCAUGGGAUUAUUGUAUUAGAAUCCUGUAUAUUCCAUUCUCAUUUGGGUCUUGUCUGUAUGAUGUGACUUCUGCUCAGAUUCCCCCUUUUGCUGCUGGUUGGUCUCCAGCAGUGGCAGUGGAGCAGCAGAGUAGCCCGAGUUCCUCUGCCUCAGCCAGCACUUCAGCCAUCCCUCAACCAGCUCCUAACUGCCUUGUGCUGCAGACUAAUGAAAUGCUGGUGGCCAUAGUCUGAACUGAUAUUUUCAUUGUCACAAGAACUCAAGCAGCUCUAUGAAGUUUUAGGUAAGGCCUCCUGAUUGUUUUAAAACAUCUGGCUAAAAAUGAAGCUAACGGAGCAUUUAUUAAAAUUACUUUAAAAGGAGCUUUGUAAAUAUUCCAUUUAGUUAAUCUAAAGUUAGGAUGCAUUUUAAAUUACUUGUAAUCCUCUUAAGGUUAUUAAAUAUUACUUUCAGGCUAUUUACAUAACAUAAAUAAUUUUCAUAUGUGUAGACUUAAUUUUAUACUGAUUUUAAGUAAUAAUGUAUACAUAAAUGUGCCAUAGAUUUUGUGUGUUCACAGUCUUUGAAAGAUAGUUUUUUAGUGAAUUGUACAUAAUACUGUAUAAGUUCUAGAGCAAAUCUAUGUUGACCUUUUUUCACUACCUUAUGCUAGUUAUAUUGAAUGGUCAAUUUUACAGCCUAAUAUAGGAAUUUGGAAUGCACACUUGAGGGCCCUCACUUAAGUGCACACUUAACAGUAGAAACUAAUUCUGUCCUUAGGUCCUCUUAGUCACAGCAUGCUCAUUUUAUGUAUUAUUAUUUGUUUUGUCUUCAGUUAUUGCUUGCUGAUCUUUCAGGCAGGAAAUAGUUUUCCCAGAUAGUUGUGACAUGAAGCCUGUCAGAAAAAAAACAUUCUAAAAUUGUCCGUAGUUUUGGAAGUUGCAUUAUCAGACCUGGACCAAGAUCAGAGCUGCCUAGUGCACCUUUUGGAACAAAGUAAGUAGGUAUCAAAGUGAAUAUCUAGUUUGCUCAUAUACUUUUUUAAAAAAGAAGUUUCACAUGCUUUGUGUAAUGUAAUCAACAAGAAAAUAUAAGAGGCUAGAGAGUAAAACUCUCCUAAUUUUGGCAGUCUGAAAGCACCCUUGUUCACAAUGUAGCCAUGUAUCCCUAGACAAAAGAGAUUUUUAUCUAAAUCUCCAAGCUUACCUGAAUUUGUGUUCUAGUUUUUGUAAAGCUUAUUUGGUUUGAGUAUUUAGAUAAAUGUAGUUAUGUUUCACAUUUUUUCCUAUAUUUAUUAUAUUGAUAGCUUAGUUGUGAAAUCAUUUGUAUAUAGUAAAGGCAUAAUGCAAUUAGUGAAGUAGGAGAAAUUGAGUGGGAGCAUAAAGCUUCUGGUGGCCUGAAAAAAUAAGGUUUGGCCCCUAUUUUAGAAGUCACAACAUUUUAUUCAUACGUUUUUGUUUUAUAUUGGGGGAGGGGAUAGGUGGAAUGUGUUAUGAAUUUUUGGAAGACUUCCCUAGCAUUAGUUGUGAAGUUGGCCUUGAAAUGCUGUCAUGGUCAGCUUCCUAGAAUUCACUUGUUUGUAGAGUAUAUAUUUUGAUUGUCAGUAAAUAUAAGUUUGUAUUUUUUUCUGCACUUAAUUCAUGCAAUUAAUCCACACAGCAGAGUUUUCUGUAACAUGGUGGAAGUUGACAGAAGACUUAAUUACACUUACCUGUUAAUCUGUUCUUGCAAUAUUUCAGUAAUUUUAUUUAAGCUGUCAAUAGUAAGUAGCAGAAAGCUGCAAAUGCAAUUUUCUUUUUGCUCAUUACGUGUGUAGUGUGAGUAUCCUCAGUUUUCAUUUCAGAAAGCUUGUAGAAUUUUCUAUUUGUUGCAUAUUUCUAUUUAAAAAAAGACAUCCAGUUUUUUAGCUCUUGUGAAAGCAGUUAUUGCUGACAAAUUGCACGACGAUUUUAUGUGUGUCUCCAUUACUUAGAAAAUGGUUUCUUUCAGGGUUAGUGGUUCAGUUGGAAAAUGCUUGAAAAAUGAGUUUUAAGCACUUCAUCAAGCGCAGCAAACAAAUGGUGUAAAAUUUUGCUAUUUGAUAAUUGAUUAAAUGUCACAACAUCCAUUUUUUUUUUUUCUUCAAAUAUAGAUACCUCACUUAAAGGAAAGCACAGCUGUACUGUAUUUAAACUAAACCUAGAAAAUAAUAAAAAGUUGGUCUAAAAUA